AUGACAGAGGCAGGAACUGUGUACUCAGAGCUGCUGUCCGCUGGUGUCCUGCAGCCUCUGGACUCUCAGAUUGAAGGACUGAGGCACAAAGACGGAAACCAGGACUACAUGACGCCUCUCGGCAUGAGCAGCAUCGUCAAACACUUCCUGUCCGAGUCAGGAGCUGAUUUGUUCUUGGAGCGUCAUGUGACCGGCCUGUACCGCCGCGGUGCAUCAUGGGAGGUCCAGAGGAGGGCGGGAGGCAGCGAGAUGUUUGACGCCGUCGUCCUGACGAUGCCGGUCCCUCAGAUCCUGCAGCUGGAGGGAGACGUGGGACACAUGCUGUCCGUCCAGCAGAAGCAGCAGUUGGACGGGGUCGUGUACUCGUCUCGUUUCGCCGUCGCUCUCUUCUUCCCUCCGGACGCCGUCUUCAGUUUCUCCUGGGCCGCUCGAUACGUCACCGACAACACCGUCAUCUGCUACAUCGCCGCAGACUCCCGCAAACGCAACGCAGAUGUUCCCGGUCGCGGCCCCUCCCUCGUCGUCCACACCAGCGUCCCGUUUGGCCUGGAGCACCUGGAGAGGGACAAGGAGGAUGUCCAGCCAAUCAUCUUACAGGAACUCAACAAGCUGCUUCCUGAUCUGCCUCAGCCAAUCAGCAUCAAGUGUCACAAGUGGCGGUACUCUCAGGUGCUGACCUCGGUGCCCGACUGUCCGGGUCACAUGACCGUCCUCGAGCGCCCGCUGCUCGUCUGCGCCGGCGACGCCUUCGUCCACUCCAACUUCGACGGCUGCGUGGAGUCUGCACUGAGCGUGCUCGGUGUGCUGAAGGCCUCGCUGUGACAUCACAGGAAGUGAUUGAUCCAAGUGAUUAUUAUUAUUAUUUUAACAUUUCGAUGUUUCAGUUAUUGAUCGUUUUUCACUGAUUUGUCUUUAAAUGAAUGUUUAAUAAUUAUUCUGUUUACGAAAAAAUCAAAGCCGUGUCAGAGUUCAGUUUAACUGUUAACUUAAUCCCGGUUUAACAGAGGAUUAAGCCAAUCCUGGUCUAAUGAAGGAAUAAUUUAAACCUGAGUUAAUGGAGGAAUAACGUAAUCCUGGUUUAACAGAUGAUUAUCUUAAACCCUACAUAAUGGAGGAAUAACUUAAUCCUGGUUUACUGGAGGAUUAACUCCAUUCUGUUUUAAUGCCGAUAUAAUUUAAACCUGAUUUAAUGGAGGAAUAAUGUAAUCUUGGUUUAAUAGAGGAAUAACUUUAACCUGGUUUACUGAGGGUCACCUUAAACCAGGUUUAACCAAACUUAACUUAAGCCUUGUUUAACUGAGGUUAACUUCAACCUUGCUUAACUGAGAUCAACUUAAACCUAGCUUAACUGAGGUCAACUUAAACCUGGUUUAGGUGAGGUUAACUUAAACCAGGUUCAACUAAGGUUAACUCCAAUCAGGUUUAAUUGUGGUUAACUGAAACCUGGUUUACUGAGGGUCACCUUAAACCCAGUUUAACUGAGUUUAACUCAAACUGGUUUAACUGGGUUUACCUUCAGCCUGGUUUAACUGAGGGUAAUGUUAACCUGGUUUAACUGAGUUUAAUUUAAACCUAGCUUAGCUGAGGGUAACGUAAACCUGGUUCAAGUGAGUUGAAUUUAAACCUGGUUUAACUGAGGGUAACGUAAACCUGGUUUAACUUAAACCUGGUUUAACUGUGGGUAAUGUAAACCUGGUUUAACUUAAACCUGGUUUAACUGAGUUUAACUUCAACCUGGUUUAACAGAGGGUAAGGUAAACCUGGUUUACCUGAGUUAAAUUUAAACCUGGCUUAACUGAGGGUAACGUAAACCUGGUUUAACUAUGGGUAACGUAAACCUGGUUUUACUAUGGGUAACGUAAACCUGGUUUAAUUGGAUUUAACUUAAAUCUGGUUUAACUGAGGGUAAGGUAAACCUGAUUUAACUGAGUUAAACUUAAACUUGGUUUAACUGAGGGUAAACGUAAGCCUGGUGUAACUGGGGUUAAAUUAAACCUGGUUUAACUUAAACCUGGUUUAUUUAGGGUGAAUGAAUUUAGUCUGAAUCUUUGACCACACGGGUUAGGGGUAUUAACUCUGGUUUCACUCAGUCUGAAGUCGAUCUGAGUUGACUAUUACAGUUAUGACGAUUAUCAGACAAACUGAAGAGAUCGAUAGUUUGAGCUGAAGUCGGUUUGUUUCACCUGUGUGUGUGUGUGUGUGUGUGUGUGUGUGUGCGCCGAGUUUAUAUAUUUGAUGAAUAAAGUGACAACGGUUU